CUUGUUUCCGUGCGCGGCGCAUCUCUGGACAUUUGGUUUAAUUAGGGAAUAACUCUAAAUUCUUUCCUUUUACGCGACGGUCGGUUUAUCCUUAGACUAUCUCAAGUCUUUGUUUAUUACUUGAACUGUUCUAGUUAUUGUUUUGAACCAGAUCCUGUCUGUUAACUGGCCUAUCCAUUCAUUCAUUCAUUCAUUCAUUCAUUCAUUUUUUCCCCUCAUUUUGUUCAUAUUUAACCUAAACACACUCACGGAUCAGAAGGGGUUUUUUUUGUGUGAAGAAAUCGUCCGGACACUUGCUGUUUCUUGUUUCACUGAGCGGAUUUUACGGCCCUCCUGUCACAUUCUCGAAAGUAUGAACGCUGCCAAAACUGAAAUGAACGGAUUGAACACGUUCUGUGAAGAAGACAACAGCAGCUCCAACAGCAAUGAGUACCCUUUCCAGGACUUUUCAAAGAAGAUCCCAAUGGGCGGCCAAUCUGACUUAGAAGCUGAGAGUCAAAAAUUCCUCCCUGAACACAACCUGGGAAAGAAGAAGUAUGAGACAGAAUAUCACCAGGGCAAUGCCUCCUUCGGCAUGUCCGUCUUCAACCUGGGCAACGCCAUCAUGGGCAGUGGCAUCCUGGGUCUGUCCUACGCUAUGGCCAACACUGGCAUCGCCCUAUUUGUGAUUCUCCUCUUGGCUGUUGCCAUCUGCUCCUUGUAUUCUGUCCAUUUACUGCUGAAGACUGCCAAUGAAGGAGGUGCACUGGUGUACGAGCAGCUGGGUUACAAAGCCUUCGGAUUGCCAGGGAAACUCGCUGCUUCCUUCUCCAUCACCAUGCAGAACAUUGGAGCCAUGUCAAGCUACCUCUACAUCGUCAAAUAUGAGCUGCCCAUCGUCAUUCAGGCCUUUCUGGGAACUAACAAUGGGGAGUGGUACACUAACGGAGACUACCUGGUGCUGCUGGUGACGGUUGUCAUUAUCCUGCCCCUGUCGCUGCUCAGGAACUUGGGUUACCUUGGUUACACAAGUGGUCUGUCCCUGCUCUGCAUGGUGUUUUUCCUGAUUGUGGUGAUCAUCAAGAAGUUCCAGAUCCCGUGCCCUCUGCCUGAGGACAUCAACGCUGUGAAUGAAACCCUGAACAAGGUUCUGAACAUCAGCUUGUCCUUCCCAAACAGCACAGCUGUGGACUACAGUGAGGACAUGUGCAAGCCAAAAUACUUUGUCUUCAACUCACAGACUGUGUAUGCUUUUCCCAUCCUGACCUUUGCCUUUGUGUGCCACCCGGCCAUCCUGCCGAUGUACGAGGAGCUCAAGGACCGCUCCCGCAGUAAGAUGCAGGGCGUUGCCAACGUUUCCUUCCUGGCCAUGUUCAUCAUGUAUCUGCUGGCUGCCCUCUUCGGAUAUCUGACCUUCAACGUGCACGUGGAGCCUGAGCUGCUGCACACCUACUCCAAACUCUACCAGUUUGACGUGAUCCUGCUGAUCGUCCGUCUGGCUGUGCUGACCGCCGUCACCCUCACCGUCCCUGUGGUGCUCUUCCCUAUCCGUACCUCCGUCAACCAGCACCUGUCUACCUCCAAGGAGUUCAGCUGGAUCCGCCACAUCAUCAUCACUGUUUUCCUGCUGGCUGGUACCAACGCCCUGGUCAUCUUUGUCCCCACCAUCAGGGACAUCUUUGGCUUCAUUGGAGCCUCUGCUGCUGCCAUGCUCAUCUUCAUCCUGCCCUCGGCUUUCUACAUCAAACUGGUCAAGAAGGAGUCCAUGAAGUCUAUGCAAAAGAUUGGGGCCACUAUCUUCCUCCUGUUCGGCCUCCUGGUCAUGAUCGGCAGCGUGACACUCAUCAUCCUGGACUGGAUCCACAACACCUCAGACAGCCCGAUCACACAGGCCGAUGGACACUAAAGCUCUGCCUCUCCCGAGAGAAGACGCUUUCCAGCGCUGGACUGCUACGACGACGCAACCAACGAAGAUCGAGACCUAUUGUAAAAGAAGAAAAACACAAGAACUCACUUGAUGCUCAUCUUUAACUUCCUGAGCAACAGACCAUUGCCAUUCCAAGAGAAUGUAUCCAAACUUUGUACAGUACGCUGUUAUAGGCCACAAAGAUGGUAUUUUACUUGUUUACUUUUUUCUCUUUUUAUUGUAGCUUUUUCAUUGUCGUUUUUGCUCGUUUUUACUCUUAAAUGUUUUUUUGUUUUUUUUUGUAGUUAUUGGUACAGCUGAAAACAAAUAUUUGAAGGUGCCUCAUAACAGAGACGACAUAGUCUUAGAGUUCAAAAUGCAGCUUACGCUCAGGUACGGGGGUUAUGUUGCGCACGAGUGUGGCUGUGACCUCAGAGCUCGGCAACAACGAGCCUCGCUGAGAGAAAGUAUGUAAAUCUCCUGAAGGUUGAAGAAGAUCUCGUGAAGAGGCAGAAGACUUGAAGGUUUAUCCUCCUCAAGGACAAAUUAAGUUCCUUCCAAACAUUUGUUUCUUUUUUUUAAUUUUUCCUUUUUUACUUUGCCAAAAAACAAAACUGUAUUUGUAAAGCAUCUUUGUAUAUUGAAAGCACUUAACUGUUUAGCACACUCGUGAAGAAAAAAACAAAACAGACUUGUCAGUUUUCACAGACGAGGCCUACAACACCGCCUAUUCAGUAUUCGUACCAAGGCUCUGUGACCUUGCUUGUAGUCUCAGCUUUCCUUGUAAAACAUAGCAUAAGUCAACAGAACCUGCCUUUUCAAACCCAACACUGGGAGCUGAAGAGUAUCUCACAAGAGGACUCUUCUGAAACUUUAUCUACUCUUUAAAACCUGCUGAAGAUCUUGUUGGAAUUAACGCGUGCAGCGAUGACACACUACUGCUUCGAGACCCGGAGGCCGUCUGGCCGAGCUUUCAGUUCCAAACUGAAAAUUUUUUUCUGUAUGGGAGAAUACUUUGAAUUUGACCACAUGCAGUGGUUGUGAUAUACCUGUUAAACUUGCAAAAAAAAAAAAAAAGAAAAGAAGAAAAGGACAGGUGUGAUCUUUAACACUGACAACCAAACAUGGCAACAGAGAAAACUAAAGAGAGCAUCUGUCACAGUAUUUUUGAGUGUUUGUGGAGCGGUCGCACAGUUUUCUGCUUUCAAAGCAUUUCACAGUGAAGGACUUGAAAGAGAUCGAUGGGGACCUGUUACCCCGUCGACGGUCAGCUGACAGCGCACUGUGCUUCCAACACUAAUUUAAGACACCACCAAACUGUUGUUGUCCAACAUCUAUUUAAGGAAAACAGUGAAAUCAAUGUAAUUUAAUCUAUUUUACUAUAUUUAUAUAAUAUUGUAUGUAUAUAUAUAUAAAUAUAUGUAUAUAUAUCUACUGAGUUUCACCUGUAAAUACGCUUUGUUUUUUUUUUUUGUUUGUUUUUAAACAAUAAUGGAUUGGAGCCGUGAAACAAAAACUGAAAAAGCCCAAGCUGGUGAAUUUGUGAAAUUGAAGUUGCUCUGUUCUUCUACUCCGUUAAGAAUGACUGGAUUAUCCUGAAUUAUCCUAUUAUUAUCCAUUCUGUGAAAACUGUUACACGUGGAGAACCACAGAGAGAAGAGCCGCCGCAGUCUUUGUUUCCUGUUUUUUUUUUUUUUUUUGGGACCCUCUGAACACCAACUAAAAAGUACUUUACGCACAUCUUGGUUAGAGAGUACGUCAGCCAUCUCUUGACCUCAGGAGCAAAGAGAGCUUUGCCCACCAGUGUUACACUCUUGUUUCAAUGAAACACUAUGUAUAUCCUGUAAUUAAUGUCCAAUUAAAAACAAAGAUAAUCUAUA